AUGGCCGGAGAACAACACAGCGAUCACAGCCGUCCCCUCGUCGACCACAAUAUAAACGACGGCCCGCCAUCCCAUGAAACGGACGCUCGGGACGGUCAUCCGUCCACCCCGUCUCCAGAGCCCCAAAACAACGGGGAUGCCUCUCACGCCCGCAAUUUAGGGGCAGAGACAUUUCAUCCCAUUCCCGUUCCCGUUGAAGGAGACGCCGUAAUGAUUGCCAUGGUGCAUGCCCUCAAUCAGGCCGGUUCUAUGCUCCACCAGCAACACGAACGAAUCAUGGCCCUCGAAGCCGAACGACGAGAGGCCCGACCCCAGCCGGGGAGUAGGAUGCAACAACGUUCGGAGCCAACGAAGAAGCGAGGACGUCGCUCUCCAGAACCCCACGUCAGCAGGGCCCGCGCCCGUCGUGACGGUGGUCGAGCGGGAACAUCACCAAGGCGCGGACGCAGCCCCGACAACAACGAACUGUCUCCCCUAAGGAGCGACGAGGAAGAUUUGCAUUGCCCCCUGUCUCGGGCAAUAAUGGAAGCCCCGCUCCCCAAAGGCAUGGAGAAACCACCAAAUCUAGCUGUGUACGACGGGACUACCGAUCCCGACGAUCACGUCGACAACGUCAACGCGAUGCUCGACUACCGCAAUGAUAUAACCGGGCACCUCAAAUGCCGACUGUUCUCAACGACCCUCAGGAAAGGGGCCAUGGCUUGGUACAAAAGCUUGGCCCCUGAGUCCAUUACGUCAUGGAGAGUCAUGAGGUCCAUGUUCACCAGGCACUUUACAGCUUCCCGUCGUCACCCCAAGACUGAGGCGACCCUUGAAGCCAUAGUGCAGAAGAAGAAUGAAACACUGCGCUCAUACAUCGAGCGAUUCAACCAGGAAGCUGUCGAGGUAGAUACCACCGAGCACAUGAAGAAGUAUCUCCUCGAGAGAGGCCUCCUGCCCGGCAGUGAACUUAGCAGAGCCGUAGGGAUCGAGCCUCCCCGCACCUUAAACGAGCUCCUGCAUAAAGCCCAGGCCUACAUCAGAUACGAGGAAAAGCAGGUGGCACACAAUGCCCGCAGCGGACGUAACGCUGGGGAAACCGACCACUCGAAACGCGAGGACGCGAGCAUUUCCCGUCGCAACGGAGACAAACGAAGAGAAGAAAGACCUCGCGAGCUCCGGGAAGGAAGAGGCCCCGCGGGCAGAUAUAGCGAGUACACCUUACUGACAGCUCCUCGAGAGCGUAUCCUCGCAGAAUGUAUCAACUCUGAAUUUAAGCAGGGCAGGGUCAGGUUCCCAAAACCGUCUGCACCAAAGCCCUACACCGACAAAUCAAAGUACUGCCGGUUCCACAGAAGUCACGGGCACGUGACCGAAGACUGCGUCCACCUGAAGGAUGCGAUAGAAAUUUUAAUCCAAGAGGGGCACCUGAAGCAGUACACGAGGAAGAACGAAGCUCCCAGACACGACGAGCCAGAGAAGAAGAGACCCCGGGAAGACACACCCCCUGACAACUCUCCCUAUCCAGUGGCCCUCUGCGUGUCACGACCGGAAGAUUUCUUCCUCCCCGAACCCCUGCCCGAGGGCAAGAUCACUGCACUCAGCCCCUGGGAAAACUUCCCUACCACACUGGUGAUAUCAGGAGGAGGAACUAACGGGGAAUCCGCGGCCCUCUCCGUCAAACGUAAGUUCGACGAACUCCUACUGACUGCCCCCGAGCAGAAAGCGACAUUGACAAAAUACCGGGGAAAAUCCAACCCAAUAUCCUUCUUCCUGGAGGAACUCCCGGGCGGGUCCCCGAACUCGGGCAUCCCACUAUUGAUAAGGGCAAAGAUGGCCCAAUUCGACGUACGACGCAUCCUGGUCGACCAAGGCAGCUCAGUGGAUAUCAUGUACGUCCACCUCUUCAAGACCCUGAAGCUAGACAAGACCAACUUAGCCCCCUACGUCGGAUCAGAUCUCCAAGGAUUCAACGGAGCAACAACCAGACCGUGGGGAUAUGUUGAGCUCCUCGUCACUUUCGGCGAACAAGAAACGGCCAGGGAAGUCAAAAUCCAAUUCCUGGUCGUAGACUGUCCGUCUCUCUACAAUUGCAUCUUUGGACGCCCGACACUGGCCGAACUCACCGCGGUCCCAUCCACCGUCCACCUGAAGAUGAAAUACUACACCAAAUUGGGACGCGUGGUCACCGUCCAUGGAGACAUCGAAGCAGCCCGGCGAUGCUACGACGCCGCAGUAAAAGGACAGGCCGUAGUCAGCACGAAGAGCAACUGCAACAACAAAAAACUCAAGACCGAGGAUCCUGCCCGAGGAGUCAACGCCAUCGACCUCGACUGUCGCAUCGGGCUGGACGAGACCGAAGAGGGGAGGUUCCCCAAGGAACCCUCUCUCGAACACCCGGUCCGACCAAUUCCCGACGGGGAGUUCGAACUCAUUCCUCUUGGGGACGAGACCGAAGAGGGGAGGUUCCCCAAGGAACCCUCUCUCGAACACCCGGUCCGACCAAUUCCCGACGGGGAGUUCGAACUCAUUCCUCUUGGGGACGAUCCGGAAAAGACGGUGAAGAUAGGUAAGGGACUACCCGAGGAAACAAGAGAAGAGCUAGUAGCAUGCCUCAAAGAGAACUCCGACCUCUUCGCGUGGAAUGCCGCAGAAAUGCCCGGGCUGGACCCCGAGAUCGCGUGUCAUAAGCUAGCUUUAGACCGGGCAGCCAAGCCCAUAGCACAGCGUAGACGCAAGCAAUCGCCCGAAAAGGCAGAGGCUGCCGAGCGAGCUGUAAAAGACCUCUUAGAGGCAAAUUUUAUUUCUGAAGCCCAGUACACAACCUGGCUCUCUAAUGUAGUCCUCGUUAAGAAAAAUAAUGGAAAAUGGCGUAUGUGUGUUGAUUAUACUGAUCUUAAUAGGGCUUGCCCGAAAGAUGCUUUCCCCCUCCCUAAUAUAGACUCGCUCGUUGACAACUCUGCAGGUUUUAAACUCUUGUCCUUCAUGGACGCAUAUAGUGGAUACAACCAGAUCCCUAUGUCGCCCGCAGACAAGAAACACACAGCGUUCAUGACCCCAACGGGCAAUUACUAUUACAACGUGAUGCCGUUCGGGCUCAAGAACGCUGGCGCUACAUACCAACGCAUGAUGAACAAAGUCUUCAAGGACGAAAUAGGGGACAUGCUCGAAGUGUACAUGGACGACAUGAUCGUCAAAUCACACGAGGAGAUAGCCCAUGCUCGGCACCUUGCGAAGGUAUUCGAGCAGGCGAGACAGUGUAAAAUGAGGUUCAACCCCGAAAAAUGCACAUUCGGAGUCCGGGCAGGCAAGUUCCUCGGUUUCUAUCUCACCGAAAGAGGGAUCGAGGCCAACCCCGACAAAUGCCGGGCAUUCUCGGAGUUUCCGACCCCGAAAACCAAAAAAUCGAUCCAGUCACUCAAUGGAGUGCUCGCCUCACUCUCCCGUUUCAUCGCCAAGUCCGCCCAGCACGCAUUGCCAUUCUUCAGACUCCUUCGCAAAGAGGCUACCUUCGACUGGACCGAUGAAUGCGAGCAAGCGCUACUCCAUCUAAAGAAGGUUCUGUCCCAACCCCCGGUCUUAUCACGGCCAUCAGAAAAGGAAACCCUAUACUUAUACCUAUCCGUGGCAACCGAGGCCGUCAGCGCCGUUCUAAUAAGAGAAACCGACGAAGGACAAAAGCCCAUCUAUUUUACGAGUAAAGCACUCCAAGGUCCCGAGCUCCGAUAUCAGCAAAUCGAAAAGGUCGCCCUGGCCCUCGUCAACACAGCGAGGAGACUACGAUAUUACUUCCUCGCACACACGAUAAAGGUGAGGACCGACCAGCCAAUCAAACAGCUGCUCGGGCGCCCGGAUAUGGCCGGGAGGAUGCUCAAGUGGUCACUAGAACUCUCCGAAUUCGACAUACAAUACGAAAGUAGGAAAGCCUUGAAAGCUCAGGCACUGGCCGACUUCGUCGCGGAGAUGACCCACUGCCCGACUCCAGCAGAAAGCGCCCACAAAUGGACGAUCUUCGUCGAUGGCGCCUCUAGCACAUCAGGCAGCGGGGCCGGGAUCAUCCUCGAAAAUGAAGAAGGGAUCCUGAUAGAGGUAUCAUUAGCGCUAGCGUUCCCAACAUCAAACAACCAAGCCGAAUACGAAGCCUUCCUCGCAGGCCUGAGGUUAGCCGAGGACCUGGGAGCAAAAGAGGUAAAAAUAUCCACCGACUCCCAGCUCGUGGCCUCACAAGUGCGAGGAGAAUACCGAGCCAAGAACGACAACCUCCUCGAGUACUUGUCCCUCGUCAAAGAAAAACUUGAUAGAUUUGAAAAAUGGGAAGUUCAACACAUACCCCGCGAGCACAACACACGGGCAGACGUUCUCUCGAAACUAGCCAGCACGAGGAAAAAGGGUGGGAAUAAAUCAGUAAUCCAAGAAAUUCUCCCUCGGCCCAGCAUCGACAAACUACCGCCUCCACUCGAGGUCAACGCUAUUGGAGAUGCCCACUGUUGGAUGACACCCAUCUACAAUUACCUCACACGAGACGAACUCCCGGCUGACCCGAAAGAGGCGACCACUGUCAAACGACGCGCAUGCUCACUCGGUGAGGCAAAGAGGGCAUGGGUCGAGGAGCUACAUAGCGUGCUAUGGGCCUACCGCACGACACCACAUUCUACCACCGGGGAAACCCCGUUCCGACUAACUUACGGCACCGAGGCAGUCAUCCCGGUGGAGAUACGGGCGCCAACGAGGAGGACGGAGGAGCCCCUAGACGAGGAAAUGAACGAUGAAACCCUUAGAGCCGAGCUCGACCUAGUCGAGGAGAUACGUUCCGAAGCAGCUCUCAGGGAAACAACCCUCAAACAAAAAAUAGCACUACGCCAUGACGCGAAAGUCAUAAAAAGAGAGUUCCAGGUCGGCACCCUGGUCCUCAGAAGAAACCAGAAAAACCCGAGAGAGGGCAAACUGGCGGCCAACUGGGAAGGCCCUUACCGCGUCCGCGACAAAACGAGCAACGGGGCCUAUUACCUGGAAAACCUACAAGGAGAACGACUCGCUCGACCAUGGAACGCAGAAAAACUUAGACAAUAUUACAGCUAA